UCCACAGAUGAAGUAUCAGUCAUUGUAAUGUUAAAGUUAAUACAGUGCUUCAUGAUUGUUCUUGAGUGUACAGAAGAAUAUGAUGCUGGUGCCUGGUACAGUGUUUAGCUUCAAACACUCCAGACUUUUUUCUUAUUGUAUAGACAGUUUUCAUAACUUUCCUCGUUCAUUUCUCCAUGCGCUCGCAGAGGUGGUGUAGAGAUGGUUAAUAUUAGAUUCAAUUAACAAAUAAUGCUUUAAACACUGGAGAGUAUCAUGAAGCAAGCUCUUCAAUUAGGCUGUAAGUGUGUGCGCUGCGCUGCCCAUCCCCCACUGCGCGCUUAAUUGAAGGCCACGCCCACCCCUCCCCCACAGUACCUGCAGCUCAGAGGCUGAGGUCAUUAGUUCACAAAAUGGAUCUGGAACGAUUGAGAAGGAGAAUGGAGCGACUGCGGGCACACCACAACAAAUAUCAAGCGUCUGCAUUAAAGGCAGUGGGAGAAGAGAAGUCAGCAAAGGUGAAAGUCCUCCAUCCACCUCGGCCUCACAGAGACAAAGAGGAGGAGGAAGAGCAGAGAGAAAAGGAGAGUCAGAUGAAGGAUCCCUUACAGGUGCUGAUGUUGGUCUGUUGCACUGAUGGAGUGAGUCCGACCAAACAGCCCUCACCUCAGAUCAAGAGGAAGAGGAGAGCGGUGUAUGACUUCUCCCCUCAGAUAUCAUCAGACCACUGCAGUGACGACCAGGCUUCAGAGGUUGAAGAUCAAACUCACGAAGUGAGCAUGACCAAACCCUCACCUCAGAUCAAGAGGAAGAGAGUGGCCAAGGGGAAAGCAAACGUUGUGAAGACCACCACGAUAACCAAACGCCCGUGGAGGGAUAAGGAGAGAAGGGCGGUCAGUAAACAUCUGAGUAGCUUCAUUGCGCAACGCAGAGUUCCAGGUAAAGCCGCCUGCAUGAAGUGUCUUACUGAAGAAACCGCUCUCAGGGAGAGAACGUGGACGGACAUAACACAUUAUAUUGCGGCCCUCUUUGGCAUUUCUCAGGCAGCUUCUUGGUGAUUUAUCAGAAAAAUGCUGAGUGAAUCAAUAAAAUUGAAUGUGUUUGUAAAGAUUAUUUGAGUAUUUAUUCUGGUGCUGGUGUUUAGUUCAAUAAUGACUGAGAGCUGUCCACAUUAACAUUAACAAACACCAUAUAAUCCAUAUAAUGUCUCAAUAUUAUACUUCAUAUAAUUCCGCCUGGAAUGAACUCAAUGGCGCCCCCAUCAGGAAUGAACUCAACAGAAAAUGUCCUCGCUCCGCAGGUUAAAAACUUUUUCCUUUUAUUAGUGUUUUUAAAGAAUCUGAGGUGAUAACCCUAAUCCUGGAGACACCUAGUGUUGAAAUACAGUCAACAUCUACUUGUAGCUGUGUCAGAAAGGGUGGUCCUCAGUUCAUAGGUUAAUUUACCCGGUCCUCACUACCACUGUCAUACAAGAAUGUGUGUGUGUGUGUGUGUGUGUGUGUGUGUG